GCGCCCGUAAAUUUCAUGCGUGUUUUAUGCGUUCAUCGUUAAAACAUAGUUCACUUACAUGUAAAUGUAAUUUAUAUUCCCAUACGAACUAUCAUUAAGCAGUAAUAUUGUUCCUAUCGCUUGGGAAAGUAAAGAUUUAGGAUGGUAUUCUUCACGUGUAACAACUGCAAUGAGACGCUGAAGAAAAAGGAUGUUGACAAGCACUGCAUGACAAAAUGCAGAAACUGUCAAGUCGUUUCCUGUGUUGACUGCAGUAAGGAAUUCUGGGGAGAUGAGUAUAAGCAGCAUAUCAAAUGUAUUAGUGAGGAAGAAAAAUACUCUGGCAAAGACUUUAAGCCAAAGGUCAAGAAAGGAGAGGCGAAACAAGAACAAUGGAUGCAGAAUGUUCAAGAAGCAGCAAUAAAUGCGAAGAAUCCUAGAGUGGCAGAACUAAUGGGUAAAAUAGUCGAGUUUACCAAUAUUCCCCGGAAGAAGGCAAAGUUUGAAAAUUUCAUCAAGAAUAGUGUGCGUGUGUACGAUGCUACUCUCAUCGACCAAGCAUGGGAGAUAUUCUCAGCUAAACCAAAAGAGGAGGAACAGCAGAAGAAGGAACCGGCUGCAUCACAAGUAGACUCGUGUGAAAGCACAGCUGAUUCAGCAUCAGGUACAGAGGCUGCAAAGAAAAAGGAAAAAAAGAAGAAAAGCACAAAGGAGAACGCAGAAACUGUGAUAACUAAUGGGAACACUGGCAUCACGGAGAGUCAAUCGUCCUCUGCUAAGAAAGUGAAAACGAAGAAGUCUGGCAAAGAGAAAAACAAAGCAACAGAGGAAACCUUAGCCAGUAAUGGAGUAACAGAAUCUAACACGAAAAAGAAGAAAAGAAAGCUCACGAAUGAUGAACCAGUAGAUAGCCAAUCGAAAAAAGCCAAGCAUGAUGAGGAAAAAGAUGAUAAGGGGCAGAAGUUCUGCUGGAAAAGGGUCAUCAAGAAGACCCUACGAGAAGCCCCUGACCACAAAAUGAAGAUCAAAUUGCUACGCAGUAAGGUUAUUGCAACCUAUGUGCGGAAGCAGAAGAAACACGAAAACAUGGAAGCUAUGACUGAUGAAGAUCUCCUCAAGUUGUUUGGUCGUGAAGUCCUCAAAAACAAGAAAUUCAGUAUACACAAGAAACGAGUGCAACUUGUUGCUUAACGGAUAUUUUACUUAGUAAAGAUAUUAACAUUUGAAAACUUAUAUUUUCAUACAUUUAAUUGGGACAUCAUGAUCAUAUUCAGGCAAAAUUUUGUCAAACCAUCAAUUCACCAGGUUCUGCAUUGCUUUUUUGUCAUAGUUUAAUCGUAAACUAUGUACAAUUGGUACAAUACUUGCUAUAUUUUAUCAUGUACGGAUUUUCACGUGUACAGACAUUGCAUUAGUUUUUAAAAUAACACAAAAAUUGUGUAUAAUAGUUUGUGACUGUUAAACCCGUCGUGGUAUUGUAGGUAGAGGUGAUUAUUGAUUUGAAAUAUGAAUGAUAAACAUCAAAAACGUCGACACACGAAAAUCAGAGAUUCUAUAGCAUUAUCGUAUACAAGUUGUUUUUGUUAGUUUUCAUGUUCGUAUCAUAUAAUAGUAAUACCAGCAGUAUAUUUAAAAAUGAUGAGAUGCAACCUUGAUGUAUUUGCACACAAUUACAUAUUUGUAGGGAAGGUGUUAUGAGUUUUUGGGGGACUAUAUAAUACUAGCUUUUUUAUUAAAGGCAUUCGAUAUAAGGUCUUUGUCCUGGUUUAGCUGUCUUUCGUCAUACAGUUUAUUAUGAGCAGUGUAUCAUACGGAAUAUGUGUUGUAUAAUAAAUGCAUUGUUGAUGUGACUGUA